UAAGCUGAAUAUUUUUAACUUGUUAACUUUAUUGUUGAUGAGAUACAAAAAAAACUACUCCUAGCGGGAAAAUUUGUAGUUUACAAUAAUUAUUACUAAAAUGACAACUGUCACAUCGUUCGGUUUUGUUGUCGUAAGUUUUAAUGAAUCAGUCUGUCAUCUUUCGUUACGGUGAAAGGUUUGUGUAACGUAUAUAAAAUUAUAGUUGGGAUCUUAGUUUAUUCAAUAAUUGGAUAUCGUGUAUUAUAUACGCUGUAAGUGAGUUAAGUGUUUUCCUUUAGGUUUUGUGAGAAAUACAUAUAAUUAAAAUGGUUUCCGGACGUGCAUUACAUUUUGUCUUUAAAGUUGCCGAUAGAACACUGACUGCUAAAUUUUACCGUGAUGUCCUGGGAAUGAAGGUUCUUCGCCAUGAAGAAUUCUCUGAAGGAUGUGAAGCAGCAUGUAAUGGACCAUAUGCAAACAGAUGGAGUAAGACUAUGGUGGGAUAUGGUCCAGAAGACAACCACUUUGUAGUUGAGCUCACAUAUAACUAUGGUAUUACACAUUAUGAAAUGGGGAAUGAUUUCAUUGGUAUUACAAUUCAGUCCAGUGAAAGUCUAAAGAGGGCAGCAGCUACAAACUGGCCAGUAAAGGAACAAAAUGGGUUGAAGUAUGUUGAAGCACCCGGAGGAUACAAAUUCUAUAUUAUUGAUAAGCCCCAGCCAGUUGACAAAGAUCCCGUUGUCAAAGUAUCACUAGCAAGUUCAAAUUUAGCAAAGUCAAUAGCUUACUGGAAUGGUUUGCUUACAUUGAACAUUUUUGAGAAAACCGAUAAAUCUGCUACUCUAGGUUUCAGCGACGAUCAAUCAAAACUUGAAUUGAUUGAUAUUGGUACCCCAGUAGACCACGCAAAGGCAUACGGCCGUAUUGCGUUCUCCUGCCCAUUUGAGGAGCAGCCAAUCAUCGAUCAAAAGAUUCAAGAAGCGAAGGGCAAGAUUCUAACACCCUUAAUUUCCCUGGAUACCCCCGGGAAAGCCACUGUCAGGGUCAUUAUCCUGGCGGACCCUGAUGAUCACGAGAUUUGCUUCGUCGAUGAUGAGAGCUUCCGUCAGCUGUCCCAGGUUGAUCCUAACAGCGACGCCGACUUAGAUAAGUACAUUAAAUCUGAUAAAUCUAGAGCGUAAAGUUCUAGUGUGUAAAAUUGCGGAGAGCUCCUAUUUUCUAUAUGAAGUUAUAUUUUUUUUAUAUUGAUACUUAAUAAUUAUUUAUUUUAACUGACACUGGUAGUCCUCAGACAAAUAGAUUAUCAUUAUUAUUAAUUAUUUUUUGUUGUAAAAUUAGAACGUUAGUUUGAAAUUUCAAUAGGCAUUUUAUAGCAGUUGUCAAAUAAUUGUAAAUAAUAAAAUUGUAAUCAUUGAUCAAUCACUGAUGACAGCUGUCAAAAAUCGUCUACUCAUGCUUGCUUGAUUUAGAAAAUGGGAUACGAAUACUUCACUGUCUAAAAAUAAUAUCAUUUUAUCCAAUAUAUAUAAUACUUACGCUAACUAGCACUUUUAGAAUAUAUCUUGCAAUAACAUCAUAGAGGAUUUUUAAUUGAAAUAUGAAUUACCUUGUAUAAGCAGUAUUAUUUGUUUGUAUCUGAAUAUUUCGUGCAAUGCACAUUAAUCAGUGAUAUUGUUAUUGUUAAACAGCAGUUAUAUUUCACGGUUUAGAUAAAUAAGGAUUUUAAGGGUAGACUAAUGCAAGCGUGCCGCAUUUAUGAAGUAUAUCAAUUCUAUUAAACCAACAAUACCUAUAAAAUUUAACAGUAGUUUGUAAAGUACUCCAAAUGACGCGUUAUUUUCCGAUAAAUAAGUUUUACAUAAUUAUUACUUAAUGCCAAUAAUAUCACCUAAGUAAACUUGGUUUAACAGCACUUUGAACACUAUUGUCUACUGAGAUAUUUUUCGGCAAGAUCUGAAAGAUAUUUCAAAUACCUUAUUUAUCUAUAUAUUUGUGAUAAUAGCAUAGCUAUUUUAAUUGGUUAUGGUGUAGUUGUAACAUUCCCUUUAUUAUUAAGCAAAAUGUUAUGUCAAUGGUGUUAAUUGUCAUGUAGCUUCAAAGUCAUUGACUUGUGUCAAGUGUCAGAAAUUAUUUUAAACUGAAAUUGUUGCCCUUUUACAUCGCAAGUGAACUAAAAUGUUUAAGUUAACAGACAGAUAUUACUAAAUAAUAAACUGUUCACUAUCAAUACAGAUGGAGUUAACAGUUAGUCCAUUAUAGUUAGAACCAUUGUCAAGGCGUAAAGUGCCGUAAAAUCAUUAGAUUUAAAGAGCUCAUUAAAAUCGAAUUUACUAACUGUUGUAUCCGUGAAAGUACAUUUAUGUUUAUAAAAAUUACCCAUUCA